GCGGGUAUAAGUGGGGCCAGCGCCCCUCCGGGCGGCGCGCUGGGCUCCGGAGCGAUGGCCGCAGCUGAGUCCCGUGCGUACCCGUUUGCCGAGGGCGCUGCGUUCCCCGCGUACCGAGCCCCCUACGCCAGCGGGGCGCUCCUGCCACCCCCGAGCCCCGCGGCCGCACUGCUCCCUGCGCCCCCCCCGGGACCCAGCCCCGACCCCGGUUCGGCGCCCUUCGCGGGCUUCCUGGGCCAGGACCCCGGACUGGCCCCGCCGCCCCCAGCCGGCCUGGGCUCGCCUGCGCCCCCCAAAGGCGCGGCCGCCCAGUCGGCGUCGCAGCGCCGCAAGCGCACGUCAUUCAGCGCCGAGCAGCUGCAGCUGCUGGAGCUCGUCUUUCGCCGGACCCGGUACCCCGACAUCCACCUGCGCGAGCGCCUGGCCGCGCUCACCCUGCUCCCCGAGUCCAGGAUCCAGUUUUUUUUUCCUCCCCUCUUCCAGGUAUGGUUCCAGAACAGGCGUGCCAAGUCUCGGCGUCAGAGUGGGAAAUCCUUCCAACCUUUGUCUAGGCCAGAGAUUAUCCUCACCCACUCUGCUCCUGGAACUGAAAUGAAAUGUCUGAAGCCUCAGCUGCCUCUUGAGGUGGAUGUGAACUGCCUGCCUGAUCCAAACGGGGCUGGAGGGGGCAUCUCUGACUCUAGCUCUCAAGGUCAGAAUUUUGAAACCUGUUCCCCUCUCUCUGAAGACAUUGGUUCAAAGCUGGACUCAUGGGAGGAACACAUCUUUUCUGCCUUUGGUAACUUUUGAGGAUUCUGGGAGAAUUGAGGAUAAGCUCUCAGGAGCCAUGACUGACAGCCUGGGAGAGACACAUCAGCAUACUGUCCUUUCCGACACCCAUGCUAAGGACAUGGUCUUGUUAACCUUGGUGAUGGUUUUGACAGUACCUCUCACAUUUGAAGGUACCCCUGCCACUUUGUCAAUGAAUUUUGAAGCCAACACUCCCACCCCAGAAUUCUGGCAUUCAUUACCUCCAAGUCUGCACAUUGCAUUUGGUCUGCAGACCUGUGCCUUCUUGCCAGGCCUGUUAUUUUUUAGACUGGUUGUUCAGAACUCAUGAUCUUCUUCACAAGAAUGCCUCAGCUUGACUCAGUUUCCCCUUGUGCUUGAGAGCUGCCAUUUUCUCCCGGUCCCUCCAAGCUGUAUAACCCUAAACUCACUCUACCCCAUCUCUUCAACCCUCAUCCUAGUUUAUUACUUUUUAAAAUUGAGCCUGUCAUCUUCACGUUCAAUCAUAGCUCCAAUAACUGCAUUAUUUCAACAGUCCCCCUGCCUCUAGCUUCUCAACUACUUAAAAAAAAAUUACUCUCCGUGGGCCAGGUGCAGUGGCUCACUUCUGUAAUCCCAGCACUUUGGGAGGCCAAGUGGGCAGAUUACCUGACGUUAAGAGUUUAAGGCCAGCCUGGCCAACAUGGCAAAACCCCAUCUCUACUAAAAAUACAAACAUUAGCUGAGUGUGGUGGCGGGCGCCUGUAGUCCCAGCUACUUGGGAGGCUGAGGCAGGAGAAUCACUUGAGCCUAGGAGGUGGAGGUGGAGGUUGCAGUGAUCUGAGAUCGCACCACUGCACUCUAGCUGGAUGACAGAGGGAGACUCUCUCUCAAAAAAGAAAAAAAGAAAAAGAAAAAAACCUCUGUGGUUCUGCGGUAGCCUCUAGUUGCUACCAAAUUAUAAAAAGCUUUCAGUUACCCUCCCAGAUAACUGACAUCAUCCUUAGCCUGCAGAACAGCUAUGCAAAUCUGAAGGUCAACUAUUCACAAUAUAUGCUUUGGUCUCAAAGUCACUCCUUUCAGUUUUGUAUCAAAUUCAUACCUUUAGCUUUCAAAACACUUGAGGACUCCCCUGCCCCCUUUCUGAAGUCUGAAAUUGUCUCUAAGUAAUCCUGAUUUUGCAGCUGUUACUUCGAUCACUCCAACAUUACCCUUAGCACUUCUUAUUGGACUUCCUAUGCAGCUUUUGUGGAUUAUUAAAUGUCUUUCACAAAUGUUUCAACGUAAUUUCUAUUUAAAUGAAUUAUUUUAGAUAACUCCUAGUACAGUGCUUCACUCUACAAUUGCUCAGUACAUACUAUGUGGCCAUGAAAGACUUUUCUAAAAGUUUCUGCAAAUAUGGUUUUUAGCCAAUAAUCAAUAUUCUAUCAGCAGGCCACUGAGCUGAGAAAUUUAGUUUGGUUAAAAACAUAUUUUUGCUUGACUGUUUAGUAAUAUUUUAUAAGUAUUUUGGCUUGGGAGAUUUCUCUUUGCAAUUUAUAAUUCUAAAUGUAUGUAAAUAACUGUUUCUAAGUUAGUCUAAGAUUAAAAUAUUUUGAUACUUUGA